AUGAGUCAUCCGCUCGCCGACUAUCUCUCUGCGCUCGAGGCUCGUGAUGCGCACACCAGACUUGCCGACCGCACAGCAGCUUCGGCACGCACCAAGGACAGCGCCGCUGCGUCGGCUCAUGGCCCCUCGCCCGCUUCAGAGGCGCAACUACGCUCCGAGUUGGCUUCGACGCAUCGCACACGCAGCGAGCUCGAGACCAAGCUCAGCGCACUCUCCACGGAACUCUCCACCCUCAAAGCGUCGGAUGCGCAGCAGAAGCAGCGGAUACAGCAGCUGGAGCGGGCCAAGACGAUGCUGGAGCGACGUGGCAAGGAUAGAGCAGAUGAGCUCAAGGGCAAAGGCCGGUUCGUCGAGGAAGUUCAGGACGAGAUGGUGGCCCUCAAUCUGCAGCUGAACAUGGCAGAGCAGGAGAAGGAGCGGCUCAGGAAAGAGAAUGAGGACUUGACCAGGCGAUGGAUGCAGAAGAUGGACGACGAGGCGCGCAAGAUGAAUGAUCGCAUGGGCUGGGAGGAGUCGAGGCCGAGCAAGGGCAGCAAAAAGUAA